AUGGUGGAAAAGAAGCCCAACCUCAAUAUUGACUUUCAAGACUUUCUCGCCCUGCAAAAGGUCGUGUUCGACUGGGCAGACAGCUACGACGCCAAAGACUGGGAUCGGCUGCGAAGCAUCAUCUCUCCGACCCUUACCGUCGACUACACGCAGAUCGGCCUGCGGAAAUGGAGCGACAUGCCUGCUGAAGACUACCUCAAGAUGGUCACCGAUAUUGACUUCCUCGGCGACCCAACCAUUAAGACCCAGCAUCUGCUCGGAGCUACCUGGUGGGAGAAGAUCUCCGAUACAGAAGUCAUUGGCCACCAUCAGCUGCGGGCCGCCCAUCAGGUCUACACGGACACUGACAUGAAGACCGUCAAACUCAAGGGCCAUUCGCAUGCCACCAAUGAGCACUACUAUCGCAAAAUCGACGGGGUCUGGAAAUUUGCCGGACUGAAACCUACCGUGCGGUGGAAUGAAUAUCAAUUCGACGACGUUUUUCGCGCGGCCAUUAAUCCGACGAGUGUGGUGUAG